AUGGGUUCCGGGCGCGACAAGCGCAAGAAAGCGGCGAAACGAUCCGGCGGCGACGCGUCCGGCGGUACGAGCGGCUCGUCCAAGACGGACCGGAAGACGGACAAGAACGCGGCCAAGCUCGAGCGCAGGAUGGAUCGCGCGGGGAAGGAGGACGACAUCGACGCGCUGCUGGCGAACAUCAAGCUCUUGGACGCGAAGACGACCGCGGUGCACAUCACGGAGAACGCGCCCAAGCCGAGCGCGCGGUGUAACUGCUCGUUCACGGCGACGCUCGCGCAGAAGCCCGCGGAGAUCGUGAUGUACGGCGGCGAGGUCGUGGACUCGGGAGGGAAGACGCGCGUCUUUAGCGAUCUGUACCGAUACGACGUGGAGAAGAAUCGAUUCGCGCGCGUCGUCGCGCCGAACGCGCCGCCGCCGAGGAGCGCGCACCAAGCGGUCGCGCACGGGGGAUACGUGUACGUCCACGGCGGCGAGUUCACGUCGCCGAACCAGGAGAAGUUCUAUCACUACCGCGAUCUGUGGCGGUUCGAGCUCGAGACGAACGCGUGGGAGUCGCUCCCUUCCAAGACGGGUCCGAGCGCGCGAAGCGGCCACCGCAUGAUCGUCCACCCGAACGGCAAGUCGCUCCUGAUGUUCGGCGGCUUCUACGACACCGGGAACGAGAUUCGGUACUACAACGACGUCUGGGAGCUCGCGCUCGAGAGCAAGACGUGGCACCUUCGAUGCGGCGGCGGCGGCGGCGGCGCGGCGGCGCUCGAGGGGCCGUCCCCUCGAAGCGCGGCGCACGUCUCGGCGCACGGGGACCGCAUGUUCGUCUACGGCGGGUACUGCAAACACGCGGGCGACGGCGAUGGCGACGACGGCGACGUGGAGAAAGGGCAGACGUACUCGGAUCUGUGGUCGCUGAGUUUGAAGACGUGGAAGUGGACGCGAGAGAAGAAGCAAGGGCUCGCGCCGGGACCGCGCGCGGGGGCGACGUCGGCGGUGCAUCACGCGAAGAAGCGGUCGGUGCUCUUCGGCGGCGUCGUCGACCACGAGAUACGAAAGGGCGAGGUCAUCGUCUCCGAGUUUUUCAGCGACUCGUACGCGAUGAGCGUCGAGAGCGGGCGAUGGUACCCGGUGACGCUGUACGCGGACAAAGACGAUAAGAAGGGCGAGACCCCCUCCGCGGGUCCGUCGACGGGGAAGGAGGAAGCCGAGAAGGUGGCGCGCGGCGAGAGCGUCAACGCGAACUUCAACGUCAGGGAUAACCAAGCGCGCGCGGCGAUUAAGAUACAGGCGCACUAUCGCGGCUACGCGGUGAGAAAGGCGUACAAGCUGUAUCGCGUCGGCGGGCAAGUCAGCGAAUUGCUGUACUCCCCGGGGAGCGGCGAGGCGGCGCCGAAGACGGCGCCGCGGCCGCGCGGGAGGAUGAACGCCGCCGUGGCGUGCCGCGGGAACACGAUGUAUCUCUUCGGCGGCGCCGUGGAGAUUGGCGACGCCGAAGUCGCGCUGGACGACGUGUGGGCGUUAGAGCUCACGCAGCGACCGAAGUGGAGGCAAAUCUCUGGGCUGUCCGAGGACGUCGCCGCCGCCGUCGUCGGCGACGGGCACGUCUCCUCGGACGACGACGAAGAAGACGGCGACGGCGACGGCGACGGCGACGGCGACGAUGGAAGAGAAUAG